AUGGAAUACAGACUGAAUAUGCAAUAUAAAGCCUGGCAAGCCAAUAUUGGGUAUCUCCUUCAUCCAGCCAUCAAACAACAUGAUCGUAUGCGCAUUGCAGAUGUCGGUACAGGAACUGGGAUCUGGUUACGUGAGCUCGCAGCUGCCCUCCCAAGUACUUGUCAGCUUGACGGGUUUGACCUCUCAGACGUCAUGUUUCCCCACAAGGAUGCCUUGCCGGAAAAUAUCACCUUCCAUCAUCAAAAUUUUCUUGAGCCAUUCCCAGAUGAGUAUCUAGGGGAAUAUGAUGUCGUCAAUGUUCGAGUGAUGGUGGUAGCAUUGUCUUCUGACGAGUGGGAGCCUGCCGUGCGAAACUUGAUGACACUUCUCAAGCCAGGGGGUUAUUUACAGUGGAUAGAUUGUGCCGCACAUGAGUGUGCAAUCAAAGGAGAGCCCGAGGGGAAGCGAGCCACUGAUGCACGAUAUGGAACCGACUUAUUCCUUAGGACUCUUGUUUCGCUUGGGAAAACACCAAAUAUUGCUACCCUUCGUGGCACUUUCCAGAAAUCUGGACUGGAAUCCUGUGAAGAGCGGAUCUACACUCUUGACAACCCGGCCACGCGGGAAGACCUCAAUCUCACGGUCGUUGUCGGAAUCCAGCAUGUUCUGACUGCUGCUUUCAAAAUGCACAAGUUGAAUGAAAUACAAUCCAUGGAUCAGAUUGUUGCUAUUAUUGCUUUGAUGUUUAUGUCGUGGUUGGGAGAAAGAUUUGAUUGA